AUGGAGAUGCAGCUCCGGUCGGGCCGGCGCCUCCGCCCGUGGCAAGGAGCCGCGCGUCGCGGCCGCGGGGGCGAGGACCGGCUCAGCGCCCUCCCCGACGCGGUCCUCCUCCUCGUGCUUGCCCGCCUCGGAUCCACGGCCGAGGUUGCGCGCACGAGCGCCGUCGCUCGGCGGUGGCGCCCGCUCUGGACUGAGCUCGACGUGCUGGUGUUCCGCCGCGUCGACCCCGACACGCUCGCCGGCCUGCUCGCCAGGGCCCGGCACCCCAACCUCCGCCGCCUCGAGAUCCAGAUCUCCAGGCUGGACCUGCCGCUCCUGGCCUGGCAGAUGUCCUCGCUGCUCCGCGCCGCCGAGGAGCACAACCCGGAGGAGCUCGUCUUCAACGUGGCCAGCCGGGACUACCUCGGCGUCCCCUUCCAGCUGCCCUGCUUCGCGAGGGCCACCUCCAUCAACCUGCGGAUCUGGAACCGCAGCUUCGCCCUGCCUCCGGCCGGCAGCUUCGCCAGGCUCGAGAGGCUCGCCCUUUCGCUCUGCUGCGUCGACCCCGGUGAGUUCCUCCCCCGCUGCCCGCGCCUGCGCGUCCUCCGGAUGGACUGCUUCUGGACGCAGCACGCCGUCGACGUCCACUCGGCGUCUCUCCAGGAGCUGGUGCUCAACGACAUGCCUCAACCCGACGCCGCCGGCGACACCACGCCGCGGCGUGUCAACAUCGCCGCCCCCAUGCUCAGGGAGUUCAAGCUGCAGACCUUCGGGGACGUGGAAAUGAUGGCGUCGUUCUCGGCUCCGGCGCCCAUGGUGGAGACGCUCUCCUUCAGGUAUUUCGCCAUACCGUGUCGUGCCAUUGGAUUACCCGACAGCCAGUUGCGUGUGAUGGAUUUGGCCACGGAGAUGGAGUUGCGCAGCAGAAAUGGGCAGCUCGAUCCUGUCCGUGUUCGCGUCCUAUCAAUGGUGGUCGUCUUCAAUGCUAGUUAUGAGGAUGCUAGCCGGAGCUUUGCGGAAGAGAUAGCAGGACUUCCAGUGAGCAACUUCUCAGUCUUUAAGCUGGACAUCCGAUCGAUGUGGCAUGACUUCGGGUCAGUUGUCUUUGAUUCACUCAAGGCAGUGAAUUCAAUACAGAGGCUGCAGUUGGUCCUACCUCAGACCAUGGUUUUGCAAAUGCUGGACUGA